AUGCAUCGUAAACUAGAUUAUGAUGAACUGAAUUAUGAUGAAAAAACUCAAAUAGGUCCAUUAGCAAAGAAAAUAAAAACGUCGAGAAUAAUGAUGGAUCAAACCAAAUUGAACAAUAAUAAUAAUAAUGAAAGCAUAUUAUUGAAUACAAAACAAUCAUUACGUCCAUUUGUAAUGAAUGUUGACAAAUAUUCUCAAAAUGACGCAUUAAAAUUGGCCAUUUUAUCUCAGUUACCGAGUCAGGAUCGAUUAAAAUGUCGUCGCGACGGCAAUUGUGAAAUAACACUUGAAACAAGACGUAGAUGUAAAUCAUGUCGAUUACAAAAAUGUUUUGCUGUUGGUAUGCGAAAAGAAUGGAUUUUAACUGAAGAAGAAAAAGUAAAUAAGAAACGUCGUAUUGAAGAAAAUAGACGACUUCGGGCGUCUAAUGCAUAUGAUCAUAUGCUAUCAAAAGAUUCAAUGAAAAAAUAUGAUUCAGAAUUACAAAAUGUUUUACUCAAUAAGAAUGAAAAAUCUUCAUUGAAAUCUAAAUCAUACAAUCAACGUAGUAAUAUUAUAAACAAUGUUGUUAUGGCUUAUCACGAUAGAAUCAAAUUAGAUCUUACUGGUUAUGGGUGGUCAUAUCCAUUAGCACGGAAAAUUACUGGUUUAUAUCAGAUAAUUAAUGCAAAAAAUACUACAGCACUUCGUCUUAUAAGUUUUUAUAAAAGCUUACAUGAUUUUGACAUUCUUAGCGAAACCAAUAAAGUCAAUCUAAUCAAAAAUAAUCUACGUUAUAUAUUUUUCUUUAAUGCAUCUCUUGAAUAUGAUCCAAUCCAUGAUGUUUAUCAUGAAGAAAAUACCAAUGAUAAACCUCUGUAUGGCGCCCAUAUUCGUGAAGCAUAUGGUAUUGAUCAUUAUAUCCGAUGUACAAAGAUAAUACGUGCCCUACAUUCAAUAGUUCAAAUUGAUAAACGUAUCAUGCAAGUUGCACUUGUAAUCUUUCUUUUUUCUAAAGGUCUUUCCACCACGACGAAUUCAAAUGAAUCAUCAAUUAAUAGUUAUCAACAAAUAUUUCAAAUACAAAAUAAAUAUGCUGAACAUUUAUGGUUACUUAUCGAGAAAACUUAUGGAUGUGUUCAUGCUGUUCAUAUUUUUUCAGCAUUAAUCAGUAAAUGUCUACUUAUUCAAGAACUUAUUUGUGAUACGCAACAUGAUGUAUAUGAAAAACUCGAUCGAUGUCAAGUACCACCUAUACUAAGGAGUAUUAUACAAACAGCAUAA